CGCGCGAUUUCAAUCUGGAUUUUGGCGAAGCGAUCCAUCCCGGCAAGUCCUUCCUUCCUUCUUUUUUCCAUUACUUUCCUUUUUAUUUUAUUUAACAAUUCUUGCAUUGGUUCAUUGUUCAUUUCGCCCGUGCUGCCAUUGCUCGAUCUUGGUCUGCCCUUCUUUGUCUCUGUGCCUGUCUUUUUUGCAGCGUCGAUGGCUGGCCGGGUUGAUCUGCCGUCGCUGCUGCCCAAGCCCGCGUCUUCAUCUUGGACGACGCGCUGCCUCGCCCUCACGCCUGCUCCUGCCGUGUACGCGCCUCGCGUGGAGCUGGACGCCAAGAAGCAGCAGCCUGGACGCGCCUCGGUGAGCCAAAGCUGGAUCAGAGACAAGACACUCCGCCAUGACGUGACCUUGAACAGCCCCGGCCGCGGGCGCGGGAAGACGGCGAGGGAGAACUGGAAGAGGCCGGCGAGCUGCGCGCCGUCCGUCGACCGGUGCGAGAAGAAGCCGAGGCCUCCGGCUGAGAUGGUGGCAGAGUCGGAGGCAUCACUCCUCGCUGGCCUCGCUCCGUCGAUCGACCGGUCUGAGAAGAAGCCUCUGACUAAGAUGGAGGCGGACUCGGAGGCAUCCUUCUUCGCUGGCCCGACAUUCGUCGUGUCGCCGGACCCCAGCGAGCUGCCCAUGCCGACCUUCCUCUACAAGCACAAGCUAGCUAGAACAGUCGCUCCGAUGCUCGUUGAUCAGCAAGACUGAAGUUGUUUUCAGUAUGCAGCUAGCUGGACUAUGCUCCAAUAGGUUGUUAGAGUGUUUUCAGUGUGUAGCUAGGUGGGCUAUGCUCAUCAAGGUCAGCAAGAAGUUUGUAGCUAUUUUUAGUAUGUACUCCCUCUGUUCCAUAAUAUUUGUUGUUGGAGAGAACUAAACUAGUUCUCUCCCAACAACAAAUAUUAUGAUAUAAAGGGCUAGGUGGACAUGAUUAAAUACAAAUCAGGACUACCAUUUAUUUAUUCUCGAGCUUGGCACUGAUCUUAUCUGCGAUGGAAUGAGACGAUCGCGUUCUGCAUUCUUUCUGCAAACAAGUGUCAGAAGGCACGGCAUGCUCUGCAACACAGAGACAUUCUCGCAAACACCUUCAAAGCGUGAGCAGGAGAGGACAGCGGGUCUUUGCUAACAAAGUGUUCGACUAAACCGCCCGCUGGCGGCGAUCUCUCUCCCUCCGGUGGCGCUGAUCGGGUGCGCUAGCGUCUGUCGCCGCCGGUGCCUCGUUCCCCGACCCAGCUCGACCUCGCCGCCACGUCGGCGUACAGCCGGCGGCUCUCCCCGUCGCCUCGUUUCCCGGUUCAUCAGCAGGUGCGCCUCUCAUCGCCCAACGGCAAGGGGCCCCCCUCUGGCGCCCCCCGCCGCCACGCGCGCUCGCUGCCGCAGCCCAUGUUCUUCUAGGUGGUCUCGCUCCCGCCGCCGACGAACGCCGAUCUGGCCGGGCCGCCCACCGCCCCGCACCCCUGAGGCUGUGCAGCACUGCAACCUGGCGCCGACGAGCCAUCGCCCUGCUGUUGCUGCUUGUGCUAGGUGCCCGACCCGCAACCGCAAUAGCAUGGCCGCGAGCAGUUCAAGAGGAUGCUUUCGGCCAGAGACACCCUAAUUAUGCAGGAAGAAAUAAAGUCAGCCUGCUCCAAGGUUGUACCUCACAACAAGGGGGAGAAAAAGUUGCUCUGAUAGGUGAGGCUUCUGGGUUAGCACUUUACACAUGCCAAUUUAAACAUCUGACUCUCAUAUAAGCAUUAGAUUACUUUUGAAAAUCAGGAUUUCAUUCUAGUUAAAUAAGCUUUAGCAUUUGUAGGAUAGUAUAGUGUGUUAGGAAUAUGCAACUUGUAUUCCCAUGAGGCCAUAGGCCGAUAUAUAUAUAUGUACAUGUGUGGAACAUAUGCA